CCCCCCCCGGCUUUGGUCCCCAUCAGUCACAAUGGCGAUCAAGCACAACAACCAGAUCCAGAACAACCAUUUCCGCAAGGAUUGGCAGCGUCGUGUGCGCGUGCACUUCGAGCAGCCCAGCCGCAAGCUGCGCCGUCGUGAGGCCCGCCGCUCCAAGGCCGCUGCUGUUGCUCCCCGUCCGGUUGACAAGCUGCGCCCCGUUGUGCACUGCCCGACUGUCAAGUACAACCGCCGUGUCCGUGCCGGCCGUGGAUUCACUCUCGCUGAGCUGAAGGAAGCUGCCAUCCCCAAGAAGCUCGCCCGUACCGUCGGUAUCGCCGUUGACCACCGCCGUGUCAACUACUCCAAGGAGUCGCUCGUCGCCAAUGUCGCCCGUCUCCAGGACUACAAGGCCCGCCUGAUCCUCUUCCCCCGCAAGAGCGGUCAGUUCAAGAAGCUUGACUCGUCCGCCGAGGAGGUCAACGCUGCCAAGGCUGCUUUCGCCGCCGAGGGCAAGACCGAGGGCUACUCCGCCCGCGUCGGUGCCGUCUUCCCCAUCGACAACCUCAACCAGGGUGAGGCCGUCACUGAGAUCAAGCGCUCCGACCUCCCCAAGGGCGAGGAGGCCGCUUACCGCAAGCUGCGUGACUCCCGCAGCGAGGCCCGCUACCAGGGUCGCAAGGAGAAGCGUGCUAGGGUCAAGGCCGAGGAGGCUGCUGCUGCCAAGAAAUAGAUAUGAUUUCCAGCUAAUGAUGAUCGGGUCGAUUUUCAAGUCGGGGAUUAGUAUAUUGUGGCAUGGCGUGACGUGCGCCGCUUUUUCCUCCUUAUUACCUUUUUUGUCCUUAACGUAAAAAAAAGCUCCCGAAACCUCUCGAAAUGCAAAUGUCCCAAUUAACGUUAAAGAAUGGCCUCAACCCCCCUUUUUUUUCCUUUCUACCACAAUGGCUUUGACAUCUUCAGGAGGAUCGGAGAGGACAAGGACUAUGGGUAUUACGUGAGGGGGAUGUGGCAUCGAUUUGGGCUCUUGAGGAACUGAUAUCUGGUGUUUUCUAUGGUUACACUGCCGGUUUGAAUGGACUUUGCUGUUAAACGUAUUUUGUAUGUGUAGCUCCUGGUUAUCCAGUAGUAGGCUAGUCGCGAUGGAUUCGAGAUCUACCCAGCGAUAAUCAC